AGCAGUCUUGAAACAGACAUCGCUCAUUUAAAUACUCUUUUGUUAAGCGGCUCAUUGGACGGUAGUCACGAAACAGAAGACCUGAUGGAAAUGCUGGCACGUCUGGAUAGUGCUGAUGGUGUGGCCGAUGGCAUUGAAGGGAGGUUGGACGGGAUAUUGGGAACCCUGGAUAAUCUUUUGACAUCCCUCGAGACCCGUGAUGAGGCGAGCAUCGCGGAGAAAGCAGUAUCAGUAGAGGCAGAACAAGUCAUCGUCUCAUCAACAGAGAGCAAUACU